AUGGGGGCUGCCCGUGUGAAGCGGCGCUUCAGCGCUGUGGUGGACAGCUCGGUGGACGAGGAGGAGAUCAUGAAGCUGGCCCAGAGUGUUGCCGAGGAUACGGCCAGGGCAGGGGGGGUCUCGGGGCCACCGUCCCCCGUCGCCCUCGCCUCCCCCCCCACCCGCAACGGCAAGGCCCUCAUGCUGCACGGCAACGAAGGAGGAGGAGGAGGAGGAGAGCCGGACGGCAGCUGCCGAGCGAGGGAGGAAGAGGACGAUGGCGACGGAGGAGAGGAAGGGGUGGGGUCGAGGAGGGCGGUGCGGCCGUGGCCCAGCGGAGGCGCUCUCGGCGGGGAGUCGCUGUGCACCUCCUCCACCUCGCCCUCCCCCUCCCUCCCCUCCCGUCGCCGGCGGCAACGUCAGGGGCCCCGCAACCGCUUUGUGGGCAAGGACGGGCGCUGCAACGUCACCUUCGUCAACAUGAGCGAGCGGGGCCAGCGCUACCUGACUGACCUCUUCACCACCUGCGUGGACGUGCGCUGGCGCUGGAUGCUCGUCAUCUUCACGCUCUCCUUCCUCCUCUCCUGGCUGCUCUUCGGCUUCGCCUUCUGGCUCAUCGCCUCCGCGCACGGAGACCUGUCGCCUCCCUCCUCCUCCUCCUCCUCCUCCUCCUCUUCCUCCUCCGCCUCUUCCUCCUCCUCUUCCUCACACUCCCCUCCGGUCUCCUCGGCGCUGGGCUCGGGCGCCGACCUGGGCCCGGGCGGCUCCGGGGAGGCGGAGCCUGUGCCGGAGGAGGCGGGGUCAGAGGCGGAGCCGUGCUUCCAGCAGGUCAACAGCUUCAUGGCGGCCUUCCUGCUCUCGCUGGAGACGCAGACGUCCAUCGGCUACGGCUUCCGGAGCGUGACCGAGGCCUGCCCCCUGGCGGUGAUCGCCGUCGUGCUGCAGUGCAUCGUGGGCUGCAUCAUCGACGCCUUCAUCAUCGGGGCGGUCAUGGCUAAGAUCGCCAAGCCCAAGAAGCGCAACGAGACGCUGAUCUUCUCCACCUCGGCCGUGGUAGCGCUGCGCGACGGCAAGCUCUGCAUGAUGUGGAGGGUGGGCAACCUGCGCCGGAGCCACCUGGUGGAGGCACACGUCCGCGCACAGCUGCUCAAGCCGCGAGUGACCCCGGAGGGCGAGUACCUCCCCCUGGAGAACCUGGACAUCAACGUAGGUUUCGACAACGGUACCGACCGCAUCUUCCUGGUGUCGCCGGUCACCAUCGUCCACGAGAUCGACGAGGAGAGCCCUUUCUUCGAGAUGGACCGUGAGACGCUGGAGAACGACUCGGACCUGGAGGUGGUGGUCAUCCUGGAGGGCAUGGUGGAGGCCACCGCCAUGACGACCCAGUGCCGCUCCUCCUACCUGGCCUCCGAGAUCCUCUGGGGUCACCGCUUUGAGCCUGUGCUCUACGAGAGGAAGAACUGCUACCAGGUGGACUACGCCUACUUCCACCGCACGUACGAGAUCCCCAGCACGCCCUCCUGCAGCGCUAAGGACCUGGCGGAGAGGAAGUACAUCACGGACUCGCGCUCGUCGUUCUGCUACGAGAACGAAGUGGCCCUGCAGUCCCCCUCCCCCGAGCCGCGGCCUCCCGCCUCCGCCACACCCUCGCUCUCGCUCUCGCCCUCGCCCGCCCCCACACCCCCCCCACGACGCGGCUCACGGGCCGCCUCCGAACACCCGCACGCUCAGUGA